UUUUGAUCUACAAUUACAAAAUUUCAAUGGAAUAGCCAAACCAGUCUUUAUUUAGUUCAAAAUUUUGGUUUCAAGCUCAUGCUAGUUUAAAAGUAGUUUUUCAUGCCGUUUAAAUAUUAAAGUUAAAUGCUUUUUAGGUAUAAACGUUACAUAAUAAGACAAGUUCUUAUUUAAUGUUUUUUUUUAAAAGAUAAAACUGUUGAGAAACCAAGAAAAAGUGAAAGAAGAAAGAUGACUGGGGGUGCAGGUUUCUUGCGGCCGAAGGAUGAUGACGAUGAUGAUUACUCGUUUAAGAUUGAUCGUCAGGAUAUCCUUCAAACCUCUCAAACCACAUUUAUCUACAAUCAAAACCCAGGAUUACAUCUUGAUGCUCAGAGACAGAAACUUCCUGUCUACAAAACAAAACAUUCCCUUUUCUAUCUUCUAGAAAAACACCAGGUUGUUGUUGUUGUUGGAGAAACAGGUUGUGGGAAGUCAACCCAACUGCCACAGUACAUUCUUGAGGCUGGAUACACAAAUGCGGGAAAGGUAAUAACAUUUUAUCCCCCUCCCUCCUGCCUCACCUCCCAACAAAAUAUAUAAUAAGUGUCUCUAGAA